CUGACCUCGUGAUCCGCCCGUCUCGGCCUCCCAAAGUGCUGGGAUUACAGGCUUGAGCCACCGCGCCCGGCCUAAGAAUUGGAUUUCAGUUUGCCCCUUUGCUCCGUCAGCCGCGCGCCCUGAUGCAGUGCACAACCUUAGCUGCUGUGCGCGGUAGGGGGUGACUCCUCGGCCUGCGACCUGAAAGGAAAGUUCAGAUUCCUCUAACAUAGUGAACCAGCCUUGCAGGAGGACGAGAAGGAAGGAAUGAGGGGAAGAGAGGACUGCUUCCACCUUUUCCAUCCCGUUGGUCUCCUGGGUCUGGGAGCGCUGGGCUCCACCCUCUCUGAACUAACACCUGGCAGUUGGGCGUGCCUCAGUUUCCCGGAGGCGGGGCAUUCCUCCGUCGCCGCCCCCCACCUCCCCUUUUUCCUCUUCCUCUUGGGGCUUCUGCGGCCGCGCCUCUAGCACUCCCGGAACUGAAACUAGGUGCCAGACGGUCCGGAGGCGGGGGCCACGUCAGCGGGGCCACCCCGGGCUCGCGGGGUCCCGGCGGGCGCCAUGCGGAGGGGCGCGCUCCUGGCGGGCGCGCUGGCCGUAUACGUCGCGUACCUGGUGCUGGGCGCGCUGCUGGUGGCGCGGCUGGAGGGGCCGCACGAAGCCCAGCUCCGAGCCGAGCUGGAGACACUGCGGGCGCAGCUGCUGCAGCGCAGCCCAUGUGUGGCGGCCCCUGCCCUGGACGCCUUCGUGGAACGAGUGUUGGCGGCCGGACGGCUGGGGCGCAUAGUGCUUGCCAACGCUUCGGGGUCCGCCAACGCCUCGGACCCUGCCUGGGACUUCGCCUCUGCUCUCUUCUUCGCCAGCACGCUGGUCACCACCGUGGGCUAUGGGUACACAACGCCACUGACUGACGCGGGCAAGGCCUUCUCCAUUGCCUUCGCGCUCCUGGGCGUGCCGACCACUAUGCUGCUGCUGACUGCGUCAGCGCAGCGCCUGUCGCUGCUGCUGACUCACGCGCCCCUGUCUUGGCUGAGCAUGCGUUGGGGCUGGGACCCCCGGCGGGCGGCCUGCUGGCACUUGGUGGCCCUGCUGGGGGUCGUAGUGACCAUCUGCUUUCUGGUGCCGGCUGCGAUCUUCGCCCACCUGGAGGAGGCCUGGAGCUUCCUAGAUGCCUUCUACUUCUGCUUUAUCUCUCUGUCCACCAUUGGCCUGGGCGACUACGUGCCCGGGGAAGCCCCUGGCCAGCCCUACCGGGCCCUCUACAAGGUGCUGGUCACAGUCUACCUCUUCCUGGGCCUGGUGGCCAUGGUGCUGGUGCUACAGACCUUCCGCCACGUGUCCGACCUCCACGGCCUCACGGAGCUCAUCCUACUGCCCCCACCGUGCCCUGCCAGCUUCAACGAGGAUGAGGACGAUCGGGUGGACAUCCUGGGCCCCCAGCCGGGGUUGCACCAGCAACUCUCUGCCAGCUCCCACACCGACUACGCUUCCAUCCCCAGGUGUCUCCAGGGAGCAGGACCCAUGGAGGGAGCCCUGGUGUAGGCCUAGGCGGUAGACUCUUCCUCAGCAGCCUGGCAGGCAGGAAAUGGACAUAGGACCCAAGCCCAGAUCUGAAUGGCAUGGAGGUGCUGCCCGUAACCCUGACACCAUUGUAAGAGCUGUCCCCAUUUGUAUGUUGUGCUAAUUGUAUGUUGUGUCCUGGGCCCUGGAAUCAUCCUUGUUGAGCUCAAAUCCCAACUUAGCCUUAUCUGGCCUGUGUCCUUGGGCAGUCACCCUACCUCUCUGAUUUCCUUUCCUUAUCUGUAAAAUGGUAAUCAUCAUAAUACAACUUCAAAAGAUGA